AGCGCAACUGAGCCUAUUCAUUUCCAAAUACUCUCGUUCCUCCAUCCCGCGAUUGCAGGUUUUUAUUUUUCGGUUCCUCGCUCGCACAGCGUGGUCUGGAUUCGAUCUAAUCCAAUGCCUCCGUUCAGACUCUAGGGUUUUGUUUCGAUCUUUGCUACGCUCUCGUCGGUCGGGGUUUGGUGAAUCCGCGGUUGGUCGGAAGUUUGGCGAGGCGGCUGCGCUAGGGUUUCUUAGCGCUGCAGAUCUGAGUCUGUUUCGUUCUGUGGAGGAGGUUUCUCUGUAGAAUUCAGAAUGUUUUGGCGUAUGGCAGGGUUGUCCACUACGUCUCCCGUGGAGACUAUUUUGGACAAGGAAAAUUUUACAUUGGAGGAGCUUCUUGACGAAGAUGAAAUUAUUCAAGAAUGCAAAGCUCUUAAUGGUCGCCUUAUCAAUUUUUUGCGAGAAAGAGUUCAGGUUGAACAGCUCAUACGAUAUAUUGUGGAAGAAGCUUCUGAGGAUGCUGAAAAGAGGCGAACUUUCAAGUUUCCUUUUAUUGCCUGUGAGAUUUUUACUUGUGAAGUUGAUAUAAUACUCAAAACACUAGUUGAGGAUGAAGAGUUGAUGAAUUUGUUAUUCUCCUUUUUGGAACCAGAACACCCCCAUAGCACAUUAUUGGCUGGGUACUUCAGCAAGGUUGUCAUAUGUCUGUUUUUGCGUAAGACAGUCCCUUUUAUGCGAUAUAUUCAAGCCCAUCAGGAUAUAGUAAGGAAGCUAGUUGACCUGAUUGGAAUUACAUCUAUCAUGGAGGUUUUAAUUCGUCUGAUUGGUGCUGAUGAACAUAUGUAUACAAACUAUGUCGAAGUAAUGCAGUGGAUAGAAGACACAGAUGUGCUAGAGAUGAUUGUCGACAAGUUCAAUGCUUCAGACUCUCCUGAAGUUCAUGUUAAUGCAGCAGAAACGCUUUGUGCUAUUACACGAUUUGCUCCACCCGGGCUUGCUGCUAAAAUUUCCAGCCCAAGUUUUAUAGGAAGGCUAUUUCGUCAUGCCUUGGAAGACUCACGACCAAAUUCUGUUCUUGUCAACUCCUUGUCUGUAUGCAUAUCUUUGUUAGACCCUAAGAGGCUAACUUUGGGAAUGUAUCAUACAUACAACCGCCAAAUAACUCAAGGUUCUAAAGUAACUGCUAAUCCUGAGACAGUUGAAGGCAUGCUGGAAAGCCUAAGUGAUUUACUCAAGCUUUUGGAUGUUUCAUCUGCGGGGAAUGUCCUGUUAACUACUUAUGGCAAGUUACAACCACCUCUUGGAAAACAUCGUUUAAAGAUUGUGGAGUUCAUCUCAGUUUUAGUGACCGCUGGAAGUGAAGCUGCAGAGAAGGAAUUAAUUCGCCUUGGAGCUGUACAAAGAAUUUUAGACUUGUUCUUUGAGUACCCAUACAAUAACUUCCUGCAUCAUCACAUAGAGAACAUACUAGUGUCAUGUUUGGAGAGCAAGAAUGCUCCUUUUAUUGAUCAUCUUCUUCAUGAGUGCAAUCUUGUUGGGAGAAUUCUUGAAGCUGAAAAUAAUGAUAAAUUGUCAACCGAUUUAAACAAGCCAACUGUCCCUGCUGAGGAUAGAUUGCCUCCAAGGAUAGGGAAUAUUGGACACUUAACUCGUAUAUCCAACAAACUUGUUCAAUUGGGGAAUAGCAACAGCGAGAUUCAGGCAUUUUUGCAGGAAAAUAGUGAAUGGAGUGAUUGGCAUACAAAUGUUCUAUCAAAGCGGAAUGCAGUUGAAAAUGUCUAUCAGUGGGCCUGUGGGCGACCAACAGCACUGCAAGAUCGGACUAGGGAUAGUGAUGAUGAUGAUUACCAGGACAGGGACUACGACGUUGCAGCCCUGGCUAAUAAUUUAAGCCAGGCUUUUCGAUAUGGCAUUUACAGCAAUGAUGAUAUUGAUGAGGCUCAUGGUUCACUUGAACGGGAUGAUGAGGAUGUUUAUUUUGAUGAUGAAUCUGCAGAAGUUGUUUUAUCUUCACUGCGUCUGGGAGAUGACCAAGAAAGUGGCUCACUAUUUAAAAAUUCCAACUGGUUUGCUUUUGAGGAUGAAAUAAUUGCCAAUGAACGGUCAAUUGGUUCACUUGCUUCUCCAUCGCCUAAUACAGAGGAGGCUGAUGUUAUUGGUGGCAGCAGUGAUGAUAACGUAAUUGUUGGUGAAGAUGAUGACCUGGUUGACACUGCAACAUCUUCUCCGGAAACAGGAACAAAAUCAGAAGACAGUACACAUCUUGUGUCUGACAACUUAAGAGAAAUGGGAGAUGGUGAAACUGAUAAACCACCCGAAUGGGUUGAGUGGAGGGAGACUUCAGACUCUGGUGAUCCAUCUGAUGAUGUUCUACCCAAUGGUGAGAUUCCAGUUGGAUCAAAACCUAGUGAGCCAGAUGUAGCUGAACCUUCGUCAUCUACCGAUGGAUUGGAGAAGAAUGAGGAAACUGCUACUGCACAAUUGCCGGCGUCUACUGAUGAGAACCCCAGUUCUGAUCCUUCAAAACAGUCAGAAUUGGGUAAUGAGAAUCCAAAUUUAAGCCCAACUGCUUCUGACGAUGUGGUGAUGGUGGAAGGGACCGAAGGAUCUCCCAAGGCAGAAGAUGACAAAAAAGAUGUUAAUCAAACAGGGAACUAAUGUAAAUUUUCAAGAACCGGUUUGAUUGGGCUAACUCAUGCGCUGCAACAUUGAUCAGGUGGGAAGAAAAAUUCUACAGGCGGCUGUAACUUUAGAGCCUUGUGUACAUCAUGAAUGGGGGGGCCAGUGUUAAAUAGGGGGGGCUGAUGAUUCUUUACCCCCGCCCAUGAAAGUCGGUUCUCCGUCUCUUUCUCCUUCCCUCUCAAUAUUGGUAGAAAUGGAAAGGGCAAGUUCUGAUUUUCAAACUCUUAGCAAUUCAACUUUUUGCUAGGUGAAACAAGGCUGUUACGUGUUGCAUGGAUUUUUAGCACAAGAAAUCUGUGUAUAUUGUACCAUUGCCCUUCCUCCCAGAAUAUCAAGCUAUAUUGACUGUUAUUGGAAAUUUCACAUGAAUGCCUUUUGUUUUCUUACAAACAUACACGCUUCAUAAUAAUAUUCUCUGGAUUUUCAGUCGCA